UCUGUGGCCACAGACACGCUCCACCCUCCGCCAACAUGUGCAAGGGGCUGGCCGCGCUGCCCCACUCCUGCCUGGAGAGGGCCAAGGAGAUCAAGACGAAACUCGGUACCCUCCUCCAGAGACCCGAUUCAGCCAUCGACCUCAUCAUUCCCUACUCCGAGAAGCCGCAAAAACCCGUCAAGGCCCCUAAGCCGACCCCCGAGGAAGCCGCCCAGUGGAGGGGCUCCCUGGACAAAGUCCUGCAGAACAACUACGGGCUGGCCAGCUUCAAAAGCUUUCUGAAGUCGGAGUUCAGCGAGGAGAACCUGGAGUUCUGGAUCGCCUGCGAGGAUUUCAAGAAGAUCAAGUCUCCGACCAAGAUGGCAGAGCAGGCCAAGAAGAUCUAUGAGGAGUUCAUCCAGCCCGAGGCGCCCAAGGAGGUGAACAUCGACCACCUGACCCGCACGAGCACGGAGGAGAACUUGGCCGAGCCGUCGCCCUGCUGCUUCGAGAUGGCGCAGAGGCGCGUCCACGCCCUCAUGGAGAAGGACUCGCUGCCUCGCUUCAUUCGCUCCCACUUCUACGACCAGUGUGGCCAGUAGCCCUCUCGCCCACUGCUGCCGCCCCCCUCUUUCCCCUCUUCCCCUCUGACCCCCAGAGACCAUCCCCACUUUCUUCUCCUCAAUCCCCAACACUCACUCCCUCCUAUCUCUUUUCCUCCUCUUUUCUCUCUCUUUUCCUCCUCCUUUUCCUCAGCACUCGCUCCCUCUUCUCCCU